AUGCUUUCCCUUCUAGCCUGGGCAACAGCCCUCCUCCCAACCCUGACAACAGCCGCCUCCCUCCAGCACAUCACCGGCGACUUCGGCCCCAACCCCACAAACGUCUCCUUCUACCUCUACGUGCCCGAUUCCCUGAUCCCCAACGCGCCCCUCCUCGUCUUCCCGCACUGGUGCCACGGCAACGCAACCGAGGCCUUCAACAACAAGCCCUGGCGACACGUCGCCGACGACCUCGGCUUCAUCACCAUAUACCCCUCCACCCCCUGGACCGCAGACUACUGCUGGGACGUCUCCUCGCCGCAGACGCUCUCCCACAACGGCGGCGGCGACUCGCUCGGCAUCGUGAGCAUGGUCCGCUGGACGAUUGCCAACUACAAUGUCGAUCCGGAUCGGGUGUUUGUCACGGGCACCAGUUCCGGCGGGAUGAUGACCAACGUCCUCGUGGGUGCGUACCCGGACGUCUUUGCGGCGGGCGCGGCGUUUGCCGGGGUGCCGUUUGGGUGUUAUGCCGCCGACGGGUUCGCCGUGUGGUCUGAUGAUUGCGCGAGCGGGCGGAUCACGCAUACCGGGAAGAAGUGGGCGGCCAUCGUGAAGGCUGCGUACCCCGGUUACGCGGGGCCGAGGCCAAAGUUCCAGGUCCUGCAUGGGGAUGUGGAUAAUGUGGUGAAUGUGACGAAUUUCUAUGAGGAGAUUAAGAUGUGGACUACGGUGCUGGGUGUGGGGGGCACGCCGACGAAGGUUGUUGAGAAUGACCCCGUGCAAGGAUGGACGAAGAGCGUUUAUGGGGCGAGGGGGCUUUUUGAGGCAUUUUUGGCGCAUGGAAUUGAUCAUAAUAUUCCUGAUCAGCCUGAUGAGGUUGUCAGGUUCUUUGAUUUGGAUUGUGUUGGGAAGAGUUGCUUCUCGCGCAAGUCGUUGCCUGUGCCGAGGUCUUCCGUCAAGAGGCGCGGUUAG